AUGCCCACACGCGCCCCUCCCCAGGCCCUGGCACCAUGAGCUUCGUGGAGUACGAGGAGCUGAUCAAGGAGGGCGACACGGCCAUCCUUUCUCUGGGCCAUGGAGCCAUGGUGGCCGUGCGUGUGCAGCGAGGGGCGCAGACGCAGACCCGGCACGGCGUCCUGCGGCACUCGGCCGACCUCAUCGGCCGCCCCUUCGGCUCCAAAGUGACCUGCGGCCGAGGCGGCUGGGUGUAUGUGCUGCACCCCACGCCGGAGCUCUGGACGCUGAACCUGCCGCACCGCACACAGAUCCUCUACUCCACCGACAUCGCACUUCUCACCAUGAUGCUGGAGCUGCGGCCCGGCUCCGUGGUCUGUGAGUCCGGCACCGGCAGUGGCUCCGUGUCCCACGCCAUCAUCCGCACCAUCGCGCCCACGGGCCACCUGCACACGGUGGAGUUCCACCGGCAGCGGGCGGAGAAGGCGCAGGAGGAGUUCCGAGCGCACGGCGUCGACCGCUGGGUGACUGUGUGCCACCAGGACGUGUGCCGCAGCGGCUUUGGCGUGAGGUACGCAGCCGAUGCCGUCUUCCUGGAUAUCCCGUCGCCCUGGGAGGCCGUGGGUCAUGCCUGGGACGCCCUCAAGGUCGAAGGUGGGCGCUUCUGCUCCUUCUCGCCGUGCAUCGAGCAGGUGCAGCGCACGUGCCAGGCGCUGGCAGCGCGUGGCUUCACGGAGCUCAGCACCGUGGAGGUGCUGCCACAGGUGUACAAUGUGCGCACCGUCAGCCUGCCCCCACCCGACCUGGGCGCCGGCCCUGCCGAGGCCAGCCCCUUCCGCAGCGGCACCCCCAUGAAGGAGGCCGUGGGCCACACCGGCUACCUGACAUUCGCCACCAAGACCCCGGGCUAGCGGGCGGCCUGCAGGGACACC